CAUCCGAUGGGUUUUGGGUCGGGUCGGUUUGAGUUCUUUUGGUUUUGGAGAUUGAUGGAGUGAAAAGGAAUACUUUUUCUGCUUGUGAUAAUGCCGAUUGUGCAAGGAAAAUCGUGUGCCAAAGCAAUUCCUUGUGUUAUAUUUUUGGUGAUUUUGAUUUGUAUUUCAUUGGCAAUCAUCUUGGAGUAUAGGGGUGAUGGAGAUGAAACAUUUAUUAACGUAUUAGCUGAUCCAUCAAACGGGGAAAUCAACGAAAAUCUGGUGAGUUUGUUAUGGCUAGAUUGCAGACAAGAGUUGGGUGAUUUAUCGCAAGCUUUUGAACCCAAGUUACACCGUCUGCGGGAAAUACUCUCCAAUAUUAUCCAUACGGUGGAUUAUUCAUUGGCAAAAGAAAGCAUUCAGAACUUUGUUCGCCAUCCCUCAUUAAAGCAAGCUCUCUCUAACUGCAUGAGAAAGAAUUAUUUUAUAUUCGAAGCAUCUGUAGGAGACGGUGGCUUUAAUCCUUGGUACAUCAGAUAUGUCAAUUCUUUGUAUCACGGGCAUGAUGUUCCUAGAAGGAUUUUAGCCUCAAAGAACAUUGCAGAACCCCCUGACUCGGAUUCGGGCCCAUCUCCAUCCCCAUCCCCAUCCCCAUCAUCACCCCCAGAUUCGGCCCCAGGCUCUUCUCCUGAUUCCGAAGCUCCUGAAUUUAGUCCUAUUCAAUCUCCAACGGAAAGUCCGGCAUCUUCACCCUCUCCAUCACUUCUUAAACCUUCUAACCAACCACCUGCAGUACAUGAUUCCCACCAUGGAUAUUUAGAAUAUAAAGGACUGAAGAAGACAACACUCUUUAUUGCUUGUAUUGUGACUGCGUUAGUAACAGCUUUUAUCGCAUUCUUGUUCUUCUUUUUGUGCUUUCGUAAGCAAAUUAACCCGAGGCCUAUCUGCGGUGACCAGAAGCUUGACCACCAACCAUUAGGUAAUGAAUCAAGCCAGCAAAAGAAGGCUUCAAAAAAUGGCGGUAUUGCUCUAGAAAUUUCCUCGGAUGGGAAGCCAUCACUUGGAGCUGUUGCCGGUGCCACUGUAGCCCAAUCCUCAGCAGAAUCUUCUGAUAAAUCAGGCAAUACUAAUUCGACCCAACCUUCGGGAGGGGCAAGUACUUCCGUUCCUGGAGUACCUGCGGAGAAUGCUCUUGCAGGUGAACUGGAUCCUCUCCCUCCUGAACCUCCUAAUCCGGUUAGGGCUAAUCCUCCUGCACCUCCUGGACCUCCGCCACCACCUAAAGCUCCUGGAGCUGGUCCUCGCCCACCAGCUCCUCCUAGGCCACCUCCACCAAUGCCCUCAGGUUCCAAGGGACCUAAACCACCAAAUGGUCCUCAACGCACACCAAAUGCUUCAUCUGGCGAAGGAUCUGAUACAGGAGGGAAUGGUGCUCAUGCUUCUAAAGCCAAACUGAAGCCAUUUUUCUGGGAUAAAGUUGCAGCCAAGCCAGACCAUGCAAUGGUCUGGAAUCAGAUCAAAUCCGGAUCGUUCCAGUUCAAUGAGGAGCUGAUUCAAACUUUGUUCGGGUAUUCGGGCGCUGACAAGAAAAAGAAUAAUGGUAAGAAAGAUCCAUCUGGUAAGAAAGAACAUGCACCCCAGUUUGUUCAACUAAUUGACCCCAAGAAAGCACAAAAUCUGGCAAUCCUUUUGCGGGCGUUGAAUGUGAGCACCGUAGAUGUAUGUGACGCACUUCGGGAAGGAAAGGAACUCCCCAUUGAACUCCUUCGGACGUUAUUGAAGAUGGCACCAACAUCAGACGAAGAACGCAAAUUCAAAACGUUCAGCGGUGAAAUGUCUCAACUUGGUCCAGCCGAGCAAUUCCUAAAACAAGUGCUUGACAUCCCCUUUGCUUUUAAAAGAAUGGAAGUGCUGCUUUUUAUGUGUUCUCUUAAUGAGGAGGUUGCUGCAACAAAAGAGUCAUUUGAAACAUUAGAGGUUGCUUGCAAGGAUCUAAGAGGUAGCCGUCUAUUCCUCAAGCUCUUAGAAGCUGUUCUUAAAACCGGAAAUCGCAUGAAUGAUGGAACAUACCAUGGCGGCGCACUAGCUUUCAAACUUGACGCACUUUUGAAGUUAUCGGAUGUUAAAGGAGCAGAUGGGAAGACCACACUCUUGCACUUCGUUGUCCAAGAAAUAAUACGUUCUGAAGGUUUGAAAGCUGCCCGUGUUGAAAGAGAAAGCGGAAGUUUUACCAGCAUAAAAUCCGACGAUCUUCUUGAGGAUGUUUCCCCUGAUAUGGAUGAGCGCUACCGCAGCCUAGGGUUUCAAGCAGUUUCACGUCUGAGUACUGAACUCGAAAGUGUCAAGCAAGCGGCAGCUGUUGAUGCUGAAAACUUAACAGGAACCGUUGUCAAACUCGGCCAUUCACUCCUAAAAGCACGUGAUUUCUUGAACUCGGAGAUGAAAGAUUUGGUGGAAGACAGUGAUUUUCACAAAACAUUAAAGAGUUUCAUGGAGAUGGCUGAGGUUGAUGUCAUGUCAUUGCUCGAGGAAGAGAAGAGAAUAAUGGAGUUAGUGAAGAGAACCGGCAGUUACUUCCAUGGUGACAAUAAGAAGGAUGAGGGCUUACGCCUGUUUCUCGUUGUACGAGAUUUCUUGAUAAUUUUGGAUAAGGUGUGCAAAGAGGUUAAAGACAAGCCGGUAAAAUCACGAAAGGAGAGGUCGCGUGCAUCAUCACAUGCAUCAUCUUCCUCCGAGUCUCGUAUGGGAACACCUGAUCUACGUCAGAAGCUUUUCCCAGCACUAGCCGAGCUAAGGAUAGAUGAUUCUAGUUCGGACGACGAGAAUUAAUAGUGUUUGAUGAAGAAGGGGAUGGCACCAAAGCUUUGUCGUUGCGGUUCUUCGUCGAACCGAAUACAUCUAAAGUACCAACGGAAACAGGAUAACACGCGGUUCAAUGUCCAUUGAUAUUGUUUUCCUGGUUUCCUUGUUCAUUUCCCUCAACGUCUGCAUUUAUAGUUAGACUUAGAUACGAGGAUGCCUUCAUUUUUAACUUUCAAAAUUAUGAUUGGUAAUAAUUUCUCAUUUCAUAAUUUUGACUUCAAAGUGUUGACAUCACAAACUGCUUUACA